AUGAACAAUCGAUUUCGUGUAGUUGAAACUACCCGAUCCUUUGCAGCCAAGAUUAGUCGCAGAAAUCAGAAGUCAGGAGAGAAUGUCGAAGAUUAUGCAGCUGACCUGAAAAUCAUUUACGAUAAAGCUCAUGGGUAUCGCGAUAGGCGAACCAGGGAAGAAGACCUAGUCAGGAGGUUUCUUGAUGGACUUCGCGAUGAAGAGGUACGGUUCGAAAUUGAAUUCCAUAAGGAGCCCGAAACAAUUGACGAAGCGGUAUACAAUGUUGUCAAUUUUGUGCAGACACAAAACAGUGUAGGCUCUGACAGGAGAUAUAGGGCUGCGAGGCGUGCAAUACAGAAAAGCGAGGACUCAGAUAUCGACUUUGGAAGUCCGAGCGAGAAGUUUUGUAGGGUUCCGGAGAAAGUACUGCCAUGGUCUAGACCUCCGACUGAAAGCGAUAGAAGUCAAUCAACCAGUAGCAGUAGUCGGCAAGUCCAAAAUAAGCAGGAGGAGAUUUUGACUAGCAUUUUGGAAAGACUUGAUAGGUCGGAAGGGACAGGUAGAUCUGCAGCUCAGCAGCCUAAAAGAGACCAGUUACCCCAAAGCAGUAACUCAGUGGAGUGUUAUUUCUGUCAUGCCAUGGGGCACAACGCGAGGAAAUGCCCUCAAAAGAGACAAAGGCUCGGCAGUUACGAGCUUACUCAUGAGGUUGUCGUGGCUGACAUCGAGGAUGAUGUACUUCUUGGGUUUGACAUUCUCAUAGGUGGAGAGAAGGGACCGGCUGACCUUCUCUUGAGUAAAGGUUUGAUAAUAAUUCAAGGGGUAGAAAUACCAUGCCAAAAGAUUGGUGGGAUGAAAGGGCCUAGGCGAGUGACUGUGGCCGAUGAUAUAAGCCUUCCGGGUAGAGCUGAGACAAAAGCUGAGCAAAUUGAGAGGAUAGUGAGCGUGCUAGCGGAGAGAAAGCUUGAUGAUGAGGAGGAAAACCUGAAUAGAGUUCGAAGAGUGGGUCCGAAGGAGAACAGUGAUCCGGGUGUAAGGGCCAAUGCCGAGGAGAUGAAAAUAGGUGAUGUACCAGUCCACCUAUUGGGCCUUUAUGAGAAAGCGACAAAAGGCAAAAGCACCCAUGAGAAGGUUCGGGUUAAGAACCUCCUGUGCAAGCAUAACGAUACAUUUCCUAAGGAUGACUGGGACUUGGGAGUUACUUCAUUGGUCGAACAUUCCAUUGAAACGGGUGACGCAGCGCCAGUUAAGCAGAGACCAAGACGUGUGCCCUUGGCAUUUGCUGCAGAAGAAAAGGCCGCGGUUGAGGACUUGCUAAAGAAAGGCGUCAUCCGGAAAAGCACUUCGCCUUGGGCGAGCCCAAUUGUAUUUGUGCGUAAGAAGUCUGGUGCUGUUCGUCCGUGCGUGGAUUAUAGAAAGGUUAACGCACUUGUCAAGCAAGAUGCCUUUCCACUGCCUAGAGUCCAGGACUGCCUGGAUGCAGUGGCAGGUAUGAGCCUCUUUAGUUCUUUUGACUUGACCUCGGGUUACUUUCAGAUCCCCCUCAAGAAGGAAGAUAUUCCCAAGACCGCCUUUACAUGCAAGUAUGGACUGUUUGAAAUGACCAGGAUGCCGUUUGGCCUAAGCAACAGCAGCAGUACUUUCCAAAGGACGAUGGAAUUGGUACUGAAAGAUCUUCAAUGGCAAACUUGUCUUGUGUAUGUCGAUGACAUUAUUGUCUACAGUGCCAGCUUUGAUGAACAUAUGUGUCGUGUUGAUACGGUUCUUUCAAGAAUAAAUAGUGCGGGAUUGAAGCUUCGUCCGGAGAAAUGCCAUCUGCUUCAGACCGAAGUAACCUUCCUUGGUCAUAUAGUAUCUAAGGAUGGCGUGAGACCUGACCGGACAAACGUCGCAAAGUGGCGGACUGGCCUAGGCCAUCAACUGCUAAACAAGCAAUAUUUGCUAGGUAGGAAAUUUAUCGUGAGAAGUGAUCGCCAAGCCCUAGUAUGGUUAUUUAGCCUGAAGAACCAAGUAGGAAAUCGCAAGGUGGAUAGAGAUACUCGCCGCGUACCAGUUUUCGAUCCAGUACAGACCUGGUCGACUUCAAUCACAUUGCGAUGCACUAUCCAGAUGCGAAGAUCCAAGGGCAUGCACUUGCAGCGAAAUUGA